AAUCAACUCAACACGUGCAUCAAACGCAUGCGCAGUGUAGUUGCUGAUGCUGUUUUCAAACACACAGAAAAUGAAGAUUUUUUUCAGAAACAAUUGUUUAGAAACAAAGUGGUGAUAGUUCAUAAAGCUUGAAAAUUUUGAAGGAAAAAAGGAGGAACUUAACAUUAUUAAAAUGGCUUCUUUAGAUCGAAAGAGAACAGUAGGUGGUGGAUGUGCAAGAAUAUUCAAGCGGUCAAUUAAAGAAAUGGGUUCUGUGGAGAAACAGUUACACAUUAGUCACAGUAAAUCUGAACACCAUGAAACCCUACAGUCGAACGAAAUGUCCAGUGAAACAUUAAGAUUGACUUCUCCAAGUAAAGAUGCAAUGAAUUUGAAACAGUCUGUCUCACAAAUAGAAUCAAAGACUGAAACACAGCGUGAUCCUUGUAAAGAAAUGACUCAUGAAGGUCUUCAUACUUCGUGUAAAGAUCGAAAGACAUCUGAAAAGCAACUUAACCUAAAUAAAGACAUGAUAACAGAAAAACAGGAUGCUCUCAAGACUCAAGAUAAACAACAUUGUUCCAGCACCGAAAUGAUGCAUGACAAAGACCAUAAUAUUAAAGAGAGAACACAAGAUAAACAUCUUUGUCUUAGUAGAGAAAUAACACCAGAUAAACAACAUUUUCCUAGUAGAGAAAUAACACCAGAUAAACAGCAUUGUCCUAGUAGAGAAAUAACACCAGACAAACAUUGUCCUAGUAGAAAAAUAACACCAGACAAACAUUGUCCUAGUAGAGAAAUUACAUCAGAUAAACAGCAUUGUCCUAGUAGAGAAAUAACAUCAGAUAAACAGCAUUGUCUUAGUAGAGAAAUAACACCAGAUAAACAUCUUUUUCCUAGUGGAGAAAUUACAUCAGAUAAACAGCAUUGUCAUAGUAGAGAAAUAUCAUCAGAUAAACAGCAUUGUCAUAGUAGAGAAAUAUCAUCAGAUAAACAGAAUUGUCUUAGUAGAGAACUAACUCCAGAUAAACAUUGUCCUAGUAGAGAAAUAACACCAGACAAACAUUGUCCUAGUAGAGAAAUUACAUCAGACAAACAUUGUCCUAGUAGAGAAAUAACACCAGACAAACAUUGUCCUAGUAGAGAAAUAUCACCUGAUAUACAGCCUUGUUCUAGUCGAGAAAUAACAUCAGAUAAAAAGUAUUGUUCCAGUGGAGAAAUAUUAUCAGAUAAACAACAUUGUCUUAGAACAGAACUAACUCCAGAUAAACAUUGUCCUAGUAGAGAAGUAAUGGAAGCUAAACAUUGUCCUAGUAGAGAAAUAACACCAGACAAACAUUGUCCUAGUAGAGAAAUAACAACAGAUAAACAUUGUCCUAGUAGAGAAAUAACACCAGACAAACAUUGUCCUAGUAGACAAAUUACAUCAGACAAACAUUGUCCUAGUAGAGAAAUAUCACCUGAUAUACAGCCUUGUUCUAGUCGAGAAAUAACAUCAGAUAAAAAGUAUUGUUCCAGUGGAGAAAUAACACCGGAUAAACAUCAACACCGUAGUAGAGAAAUAACACCAGAAAAACUAGUUCAACAAACUUCAUGUAAAGAAGUUAAACCAGAACUUUUAGCAUCUGAAAACAAGAAUAUGCAGUCCAUAAAAAUUGAAAUGCCAGAAGAAGCCAAAAUAGCCCAUGGAAGAAAAUUUCAGACAACACCAAUUAAGAAUAGUGACUAUCAAUUCAAACCAUAUAUUAAUUUCCCAAAAGCAAUAACGCCACCACGAUUUUUAAAGUUGAAAGAAAUGCAAGAACACUUUAAUAAAGAAAAGUCUUCUGAUCAAAAUAAUAAUAACAUGCCUUUGACCAGAAAGCAUACUGAUUUCAGCCGUAGAAAAUCUCCAGAAGAAGACAAUCAGAAAUCUUCUGAUCCACCAAAUUCUCAAUUAAAUAGAACAUCCAGUGAUAACUUUUCUCAUCAGUAUAAAAACCGAUAUCAACAAAAUAAUUCUCAUAGAGAAUCAAAUCAUAACAGACCAAAGGACUAUAAACAAAGAGGAGAUCAAGAUCGUAUUCAAAGAGGAGCUUAUGGUAAUACUCAACAUGCUCAAAGAGGAACUUUUGGUAAUACUCAUAGAGGAACUUAUGGUAAUGCUCAAAGAGGAACUUAUGGUAAUGCUCAAAGAGGAACUUAUGGUAAUACUCAUAGAGGAACUUAUGCUAAUACUCAAAGAGGAACUUUUGGAAAUACUUGCAGAGGAUCUAGCAAAGAACUGCAUUAUCCCAAAAAUAGUAUACCAUCCAGUAAAACAGAAAAUGGUGUCAUUCCAGGGGUCCAUUGUAGCACAGAAUCAGGUCAAUCGGAAGAUUGGUCAACAGAUUUGUUAAAUCUUUCUGAUUGGAACUCCGACAAUAUGAUGGAGGAUCAUAGAAAUAAUUCAGAAGUUGGGUCUAGUGAAAAGGACACUUGGGAAGUAGAAGAUGCUAAUUCUAAAGUACAGACAGAUGAUAGGUCUUUGAAAAAUGAAAAAUGGGAAGUAGAAGUUGUUAAUUCUAGAGUACAAACAGCUGAAAUUGAAAUUCCACAGCCAGAAAUUAAACUGAGAUAUUCUGGCCCAACUCAUGAGAACUGGCAUGUAGAAAUGAGAAAAAGAGAAGAAGUUUUAUAUCAUGAAAACCAAAACAAAAACUUUGAAAAGAUAGUAUCAGAAAAAUGGAUUCCAGAUACAUGUGAAUAUCCAGAGAGAGGUCCAUCGUCUUAUUGCAAUAAUGGUCAAGAUCUCUUCAAAGCUGUUGAAUCUGUCUCAACAUUGGAAGUUACUGUUAAGAAUAAGGAUUCUGUAGAGCAAGAUGGUGUGGAAAAUAACAUCAGGAACGAUUCAGAGAUCUGUAGUAGUGAGGAAGUGAAUAAACUGAAUUCAGUAGAAACUGAUAGUAUUGAAGGGUUAAAUAAUACCUGCACAGACAUUGUUAAUCUCUCUGUCAUUGACAAAUCUGACUGGGAAUUCAGGAGGGAACACAUUGAUAGUACAGUUGAUAUGAAUUCAUUGCAAACUGAAUAUAACAAAAGAAAUGAAAUUGUUAUUCAGACAGAACUUUUGGAAAAUGUUAAUCAUAAAAAUAUUAAAAAUGAACAUGUUAAAUCUAUUGAAACUGAAAAUAUGGAAGACAAUGUAAAGCAUUCUUUAGAUGCAGUUACUUCUGCUAGAGAUAGUAGGAUUACUGAAUUUGAUCUUGUUGACCUUAAAUAUGAAUCGAGGACAUCAUCUCAGAUCAAUGAAAUUAAACCACACUAUGAAAACAUAAAUGAACUAACAUGUACUGAUCAUGAACAGGAAUCUAAUGAAAUAGAAUAUUCUUUGGAAAUACAAAAGUAUGUGGGACACUGUAUAGAAGAAUAUUCUCAAAUGACAAUGACUGAAAAUAAAGGAGUUGAAAAACUUGAAAUCCACCAUCAAACUUUGUCUGAUCUUGUAGAAACAGAUCAUGAACAAGACCAAAUCGAAAAGGAAUCUGUUAUUGAUGAAUCUUUUGAAACAGAUCAAGAAAAGGGUGAAAUUGAUACUGACCCUUUAUGUAAAACCGAUGAAAUAAAACAAGUUGUGAAUAACAUUGAAGGAUGUGGAAAAGGAAAAAUAUGUGAAAACUCUCGGAAAGAUUUAGAAUUAUCUAACAUUAGUAGAAAUAAUGAAACUUCAGACCUAGGCCAAAGUUACAAAACUUUUGAAAUGAGUGAUAUUUCUGAAUGUGAGUCUGUUAAAAUAUUUCCCGAAGUAUUUAGUGACAUUAGUAUUGAAUCAAAUAAAGAAAGUGAAUGUAGCAGCCAUCAUGUUGGAACAGAUGGGAAAGACUUGAAUGUUUUGAACAAACAGGACUCACAGAGAGCUGAAAAUAAACACUGUACACAAGUUCAGACUAGAGAAGAGUUUGAAAGUGACGUUUCAGCUCAUGGGGACAUUUAUGAUACUUUGAUUAAACAAAAAGUGAAAGAUAUAAAAUGUGACAACAGCUGUAAAACAGGAACACAAACAAAUGAUAUUGAUGAAGCUCUGGAACUGCUUCCUUCAUACAAUAUGGUUAAUUUACCCGCUCCGGAACAAAAGAGGUCACAAAGUAUGGCGAGUAGUCCAUAUAUGCAAAUAAAGGAAUUGGUUCAACACUAUGAAUAUAAAGAAACUGAAAGAAAUGUAUUACUUGAGGAACAAAAACAAUGGCGCUGUCGGUUGAAUGUAGAUGACAAAACAUCUAAUGUCAACAGAGUUCCAAUGAUAGGGAGAGGAAUAGUGACCAUUGCAUCAGAUCCUCAUUCUCUGGUUAAACAGGAGGAAGAUUGGGAAUCCGAUCUUGUUCUUGUUGAUCAGUGCAUAACAUCUGAUCAAAGCCUAACAGAGGAAGAAUCUACUAGUGAUGUAUUCCAAGUACAAGAUCACCGAUCAGCCUGUGUACAGACAGAACAGCCGUUAAAUGUGAGAUUGACUGAACAAACAGUCAGACCCAAACUUUCUCCUGUACCAGUCAGCCAUUCAUAUUUGACUGUUAAAAAGUGUCAAGCACAGCAGACUCCAUUACCAUAUCAUGUUCAGAAGCCAGACAAUCAUCAGACUCAACAGUUGUCGCCAAACUUUGUUGAACCUGAAAGUGAUGGAGUUACGAAGUCGAGUUAUAUGAAAUCUUUCAUCCCAAAAUUUGCAAGAGGGAGAGGUUGUUUGUCACCAGAUUUUCAAUGUAAUUUGAAUAAAUUUAUGAAUGAUGAAGACAAGAAAGUGUUAUUACAGGAAAGAAGAGGCUUUAAUGUUAAGAAUCAGUUUGAUCUGCAAUCAACUGAAAAGAAGAAUAGGAUUAAUCAGUCAAAUAGGAGAGGAAAUAAUUCCUCAGAGGAUUGGGAAAGUAGUUUGAUCAAUGUUGAUAGCUUAAAUAAGAAUCAAGAAAAUCUUUGUAAAGACAAUUUAUUUGAAAAAAUAUCAAUAACUGAUCAACACAUGGAUUUUGAUCCGCUGAAGCAGGAAACUUGUAAGGUACCACAGACUAUAAUUAACCAAAACUUUAUUGAUGAACAUUUAGGGCAUUUGAAUGUGGAGUGUGAUUCAGCCUCUUUGUCAUCUAUGCCUCAAUGUGAAUUACUUAGUCCUAAAUCACAAAGUACACUUAGUGGAGUUCCAACAAUGUCUGAUUAUGAAAACAGUGAGUCAGGGCAGAUGGAUAUCAAUAAAAACGACAUUGAAGAUGAAAUUGUAGAUGGAUGUUGUACAGAGAACAUUACGCAAGAUGAUAGUGAAAAAGACAGUCAAGUUCAAAAUGAUCAGCACAUCAGUACACAUGAUACAUUAGAUUUUGUUAAUUUUAAUGGUGAUGGGUGUAAUGAAAUAAAAGAAGAAUCACAUUCAAAACAAAAUUCUGAUGAAAAUUAUCCUCAUUAUAUGAGCUACUUCUAUCCAGAUUUAUCAUCUUGUGACUGUCAUCCUUCUGUCCAACAGUACUGGGUAUGGCACACGUGUAUGUGUCAGAUUCCACGACUUUGUGAGAUUAGGACUUGCCAGGAUUAUUGGCUACAGUAUCCUUUUGAAGACAUGGAAGGUAUUUACCAUACUGUACCGAUACCUGAUGUCAACAACAACAAAAAAUCAAGCAAAGACCAGAAAAGUAAAGAACAUCAUAAUUACACACAUAUGCAUGCCCACAUGAAAGAGAGCGGAGAUGAGAAUACCACAUUACCUCCAGGAUUGGCAUGUCCCCCUAGGAAAGUUAUCUAUCCAGUUGGCAUGAUACCACAAAUGCCAUUCAAAGGGGUUCCACCACCACCCUCCAAACAGAUUUGGGAUCGCAUGCAUAGUGCACCAAUGAUUUCCCACUGUAGAAUGUCAUAUCGUGGUCCUCAGCCUAGACCUCAAGAUGUACCUGUUCACAUGAUCCAAGGUUCACAGUCAUCUAGGACUGUUAUAUCACCAAUAGUAUGUGCACAAGGAUUUUAUCAUGGGUUAACUUCUCCAAAACACAAUCAAAAUACACACUCUAAGCAGAAAUAUAGACAUAAGUCAGAAAUGGAUAAUGGUGAACAAAAUGACAGUGGAGUUGUUAUAGAAGGCUCACCAGGAUUUAUUGGACCUAUUUUGCCAGGAGAAGUGAAAUUAAAACCUUCAAGAGACAAACUUUCACCUUUAUCUGCCAUUAAAACAUUAUUGGGUAAAGAUAACGACACUCCUAGAAAAAGGUUAGUGGACUAUUCUUAUAGUGAAACAGAGGAAUCUGAAGAUGAUCGUUCAAGGUCAUCACAGGGGGAGAAAAGAUUAAAAGAGGGCAAGGAUGAUGUUAUACAAGUACAUGAUUCAAAUUCAGAGGAAGAAAAUUCAUAUAGACAUAAGACACAUUUGAGAAAAAAUCAUGCUCAUGCAAAACAUUUACCCGACAGAGAAUCUUAUCAGAAAACAAAAACAAGGGGUCCAAUUGAUGUCAGAACAGAAGUUCAGGAAGUAGAAAAUACUGAUGAUUCAGAUGAUGGAUCUUCAAAGUUUCAGGACUGUUCCUCAACAAUUAGUAAUUAUCAAAUACUGCAAACUGUUCUUAAUCAAAAAUUUCCUAAAUACCACAGGACUAAAAAGGCAGUUGUAGAUAAUGAUUUGAUAGAUUUAACUGAUGAUGGGUCAGAAGUUAUUAGUGUUGUAUCUCAGGAAAGUACAGAAACAGAUGUAAAACCAAAGAAGCAUGAUCAGAAAACAACAUUCUGGCAGAGCCCAGACUCAUGUAAUGACUCACCCAUGAGUGGGUAUUCUAUGAUGUUCCCUCCUUACACCUAUCCUGGUUGGGUCAGUCAAGAUAUGAUUGCAGCUGGCUAUACACCACCCAGUCCAAACAUUGGAAACAAUAGUCACCUUUCAAAUGAAUCUAGUCGAGCAGAAUUCCUAUCAAGGCAACAUGCCACAAGCCCGACAGACUCUGGAAUAUCUCAAACACCAGAAAAAUAUUCUCAGUCUCAUAGUCAUACUGAAGAAAAGGAAGAAAGUAUAACAAAGCGUGGAAGUUCUUCUAUGCGUGGAAUGACUGCUAGAAUGAGGUUCCUUAAUAACAGCAAACUAAUGGAUAAUGAGAAAACAUUUAAAGAUAGACUUGCUAUGUAUCCGAAAAAGGGACGAAAUGAAACUGAUUCUGACAGUCAAAGUCAGUCAUCAUGGACCUUUAACUGGAAAAUAAGAUUUAUGGAGAAUUGUAGGAGACACCAAGGAAACUAUAUAGAUUCUCAUUGUCAUUUAGAUUUCUUAUUCACAAGAACAGAGUUUGGAGGAACAUGGUCAAAAUUUAAAGAAGUCAAUAGUGAUACAAUGCCACCUAACUUUGAAGGAUGUGUAGCUGUGUUUUGUCAUCCUAGUAGUUUUAGAUCUGAUGGAUUAUGGAAUGAGAUUGCCAAGGAGAAGGAUGUCUGGAUAACAUUUGGCUGUCAUCCAAAGAAUGCCACAGAAUUCACAGAUAGAACAGAAAUAAACCUUAAAUUCUGUCUCAUGAAUCCUAAGGUUGUGGCUCUUGGUGAAAUAGGGUUGGACUAUUCUGGAAUCUUUGAGAAACAUAAAGAGGUACAACAGAUAGUGUUCAGAAAGCAGAUUCAGAUAGCACUUGAUAUGAACAAGCCAUUAGUUAUACACUGUAGAGAUGCUGAACAAGAUGCACUGGCCAUAUUGGAAGAGAUGGUACCAAAGAAUUAUAAGAUACACUGCCAUUGCUUCACUGGGAACUAUGAAUCAGCUAAGAAAUGGAUGGAUAUGUUUCCUAAUCUAUUUAUAGGACUUACGCCACUAGUUACUUAUAAAUCAGCUACCUCCACACAUGAAGUUGCCAGAUUUAUACCAUUGGAACGGUUGUUAUUGGAGACAGAUGCUCCUUACUUUAUUCCUAGAAAGUGUCCAAGAAAAGAAUUUCCACAUUCACAUCCUGGUAUGGCUAUAACAGUGGCAGAAGAAGUUUCAUAUAUAAAGAGAUGUCCAAUAUCUGAAGUUCUUUACAGUUGUAGACAGAAUACAAAACUAAUGUAUGGAAUAUGACAAAUUAAAUAGCUGAUUUGAGUUUAUGUAAGAAGAUGAAUACAUGGUGUAACUAGAAGAACAGUUAUCUAUCUAGUUUCUGUGGUCAAUUUGGUUGUUGUACUGUAAAUAGUAAAACAAAUUAGUAUUUGGUCUUUAAACAAAAUCACAUGGAAGUAUAAGGGUAUGAACACUUUUUUAUUUUUUUACUUGUUGUUUUAUAUUAUUUUUGUGAACAUUUGAAAUUUACAAUGAAUUUUUCAUUUCAUUAAAUCACAGUGUAUGUUCCAGGUGUUUAAAGGUUAGAAUGGCUCAUGGCAAAGUAUGCUUAAUUGGUAUUUCCAAAUUUUAUGAUUUUUUUGUAUGCAUUUUGAAUUAAUUUUUUAUUUACUUUUUCCAGCUAACUGCCCUUUUGAAAUGUUAUGAUAUUUGGUUUGUUUUUAUUUUGGUCAAUCCAUCUGGAUUCAUAUAAAAAAGAAAUCGACAAUCCUAUGUAGUCAGUUGUAACUGUUUUCUAAAGUUUGGUAAUUAAAAUGAUUUGAUGGCUGCCAACAGCUUCUUUGUAAAAACUUAUGAACCAUUUAACCAAACCUUUCAAAUUUUGAUAAGUUGUAAUUGAUGCCAAAUGAGGUCAACUUCAAUAUAGACAUAUUUCACUUUUGCUAUUUAUGGUCCUUGAUAGAUUGUUCAAUGUCACUUUAUAAUGUUUCUGUGCCAUAAAUUAAGUAUUGGUAAACCAUUUUAAUAUGCUGAUACUGAUGCCAAAAUGAAGGUCAAGUUCAAUAUUGACUAUUCUCACUGUUCCAUUCAAGAGUUAUGGUCCUUUAAAGAUUGAAAAAAGCCCUUGAGAAGUCAAACAAGCUUUAAAGUGACAUACAUUAGAAUAAAUAAAUUUCGUUUUUACCUGUCUUUGUAAAAAUCAACUAUGGUACAAAAAUACAGAAUUUUGACAGCUCAUUUCUUGUAUACUUUAUUGAACUAAAAUUUUGAAACAUCAUGCUUUUCGGAAUUACUGAAUGUAAGAUCCUUAUAAACAAUCUUCAACUCCCUGUUGUUAAAGAACCAUGACCAUUUUAACAUUUUUAAGGAACAUCAGUUAAAAGUGCUUAUUGACACCAAAAACCUUAAAUACAUCUUUAACUUUCCAACAUUAUUUUCUCAAUAAUGAUAGUAUCUUAAAUGUAGUGUUAAUGUACAUACAUAUAUGGUUUUCUUGUAAUUUAGUGCUCAUCAUAUUUACAAACUAUUGUGUUCACACAGAUGUGUUCAGUGUUCAGUUAGAACACAAAUAAAUUGGUUGUUAUUACA